AUGUUGGCACUUGUUUUCCAUCAGUGCUUUACAGCUGGGUAUCACUACCCACUGAAUCGACUCAAUUUUGUGCUACAGAUCCUGUCGUCGAUCCUCCUCGUCAUAUACCAGGCCGUCACACUAGGGGUGAAUUUGUCGGAGCUGAGUCAGUUUUCAAAAAACUGGCCUUUCAUGUUCCCCUACAUUGCCUACCGGCUCCCUCGUCGCGAUACGUGGACUUUGGCCCAGGUGGUGUUCUUCAUCAUCCUCGAGAGCUUGAUGGCUCUGCUAGCUCAUGCCAAUUAUAUCCAAUUUCUCAUGCUGAUCUUCCCAUCGAAGCUAGAGCGAAGUCUUAUUUUCUGGAUGCUCGGUCCGAUGGCACUUGUUCAAGCAGGCAUGUUCUUUGCUGAUUUUGCGAAAUUCAACGACUUCAAGACGAUUGAUUUGGCAGAUGCACUUGUCAAUAUCUGUGACGCCUCUCUGGCUCUACUGUAUACGUCUGGUCUGCUUAUCUGGGGUGGCUUUGUCAAUUGGCGACGUGCAUGGCGCACGGAUGGAUCGACAGCCGCUUUCGGCAUCGCCGUGCUUGUGGUGGCCGUGUGUAAGACUGUGGUGAGUUUUGUCCACAUUGCCUACGAUCGCGCGUACUGGAUUCGCCUUCUGUCAGCCACAUUCACAAAUUGGCAAUGCUGGCUCGGCGUUCUGGUGGUGGGUGUCGGCGGGCAUGGGGAUUGGCGAGUAUGA